AUGGAGCGCAGGAAGGGCAAGCGCCAGCAGAAGAAGCACGGGUUGCCCCUCGUGGCAGAGGACGACCCCGUGGAGUACCAGCACGGCGGCGGCGAGGACGACCGCGACGUGGUGGUGGUGGCCAACAGCACCCGCGUGAAGGGCAGCGGUGUGGGCCACCACGACCACGACAACAGCAGCAGCAGCGAUGAGGAGGCGGAGGCGGCGGAGCUUAGCUCGGAGGACUCGGACUCAGAGGAGGACUACGUGGCCUACGGCCGCCUCGACGUGGAGACCGCCACCGACGCCGUCACCGAGUGGCUGCGCCAGCGACUCGCCCCCGAGGAAGAGGACGACGAGGAGGAAAGGGCCAACAAGAGGAGGAAGGCGCCUUCCAAGGGCGGCGCCGUGGCCUCGUCGUCGUCGUUGCCAUCCUUGCCAUCCACGCGCCGCGAGUGGAGCAGGCAGGCCGACAUCGUGCGGCUGUGUCGCGUGGAGCGGCAGGUGGAGGGCCUGGCCGUCGUGGGCCUCCUCCACCAGGCACACCUCAUACGGCUCGUACCCCCGCCCGGCACCAAUACCGGCGGCGGCGGCCGCGGCCGCAGCAGCAGCAAGGCCGCACCGCGAGGAAAGCGGAAGCCCAAGACGACGACGGCUGCGGACGAGGAGUCCGAAGAAGGAGAAGAGGGCGAGGAGGAGGAGGAGGAGGGUGGGGUGGCGGAGGUGGUGCGAGGGCUGGGCGCCGAGGCCACCGGGCAGGUGGGCGUGGAGUGGGUGGCGCAGCUGCAGGACAUGACACGCCUGGAGGAGGCCCUCACGCAGCAGCUCGGCGACGGCAGCGUCAUCCUGGCCCGCGUGCUCCCGUGGGUGCGGACCCGUCUCGCCCCGGGUGCCAACGAUGGCGGCGGCGGCAAGAAGAAGGGCGGCAAGCAGCAGCAGAGCGGCCUGCCCAGCACGCUCGAAGAGUUGCUCGCCACCAUCGAGCAGGAGCAGUGGGGCGCCAUCACUCACCGCGUGCGCCCCAACGACGUGCUGCACGAGCUGGAGCUGAACGAACUGCUCGAGGUGGAAAUGGAGCGAAGCGGCAAGCUGACCUACCACACGGCCAAGAUCCUCGCCGAGAAGGGCGCCGGGGGCAACGGCUGGAAGUGGCUGCUGGGAGUCCUCCUGCUCCUCUUCAUGAUGCUCCCCUCCUGGCUCAGCAACCUGUAG